GAAGGGGUGGAUGGAGAAGGAGGGAGAGGAGGGGGAGGGAAGAAGGGGAGGAUGGAGAAAGGGAAGGAGGGAUGAAGGGAGGGAGGGAAUGGGGGCAUGGAGGGGAGGGAGAGGUGGGCUGGCCCCGGCGGCGCCAUGUGAUGCCCUCUCCUCCGCGGGCUCUCCCGGCGCGGCGCGGAGCGGAGCCGAGCGGAGCAUCCAUCCCCGCGUCCCGCUGCGGUGAGCGGAGCAGCUCCCGCUGGCCGGGCAGGAGCUGCCAGCACGUGGAUGCAGAGACCUGCCUGCCAUCUGCCUGUCCCUGUGUCCCAGCACCCUGCAGCCCUCCUGUGGGCCAGCCAGAGGGGGAGAGCUGAGGCUGUGAAUUCCUUCAGGUCCUGCCUGUUUCCAAGGCCAUCCCACUCCCAGCUCCUCCCAGACCAUCCAGCAGCUGAAGCCUCUCCUGAGGUCCCUCAUCCCUGCAGCUGAUCUGCCAGAACUGCUCUUCCCACCUUCAGCCCCAUCCCAGGCUCUCCUCUUGCCAAAGCACAGCUUCAGCUGGGGUUAACAGAGCUCGCAGGGACAGGAGCCCGGGCGGAGCUGCGGCCCCAGCGCGGCUCCCGAUGCUGGCGGCGAUGAGCGCCUGCAGCAGGAAGGCGCUGACCCUGCUCAGCAGCGUGUUCGCCGUCUGCGGCCUCGGCCUGCUGGGCAUCUCCGUCAGCACCGACUACUGGCUCUACCUGGAGGAGGGCAUCGUCCAGCCCCAGAACCAGACGGCCGAGAUCAAGCUCUCGCUGCACUCGGGGCUCUGGAGGGUCUGCUUUCUGGCAGGUGAGGAGCGUGGCCGGUGCUUCACCAUCGAAUACGUCAUGCCCAUGAACAUCCAGCUGACAUCUGAAUCCACAAUCAACGUCCUGAAGAUGAUCCGCUCUGCCACCCCCUUCCCUCUGGUCAGCCUCUUCUUCAUGUUCAUCGGCUUCAUCCUGAGCAACAUCGGCCACAUCCGGCCCCACAGGACCAUCCUGGCCUUCGUCUCGGGGAUAUUCUUCAUCCUGUCAGGUCUAUCACUGGUGGUGGGGCUGGUCCUCUACAUAUCCAGCAUUAAUGAUGAGAUGCUCAACAGGACCAAGGACUCAGAGUCGUUCUUCAAUUACAAAUAUGGCUGGUCCUUUGCCUUCUCUGCCAUCUCGUUCCUUCUCACAGAGAGUGCCGGGGUGAUGUCCGUGUACCUGUUCAUGAAGCGCUACACGGCCGAGGAUCUCUACAGACCGCACCCCGGCUUCUACCGGCCCCGCCUGAGCAACUGCUCCGACUACUCGGGGCAGUUCCUGCACCCCGAGGCGUGGGCGCGGGGCCGCAGCCCCUCGGACAUCUCCAGCGAGGCGUCCCUGCAGAUGAACAGCAACUACCCAGCGCUGCUCAAGUGCCCCGACUACGACCAGAUGUCCUCGUCCCCGUGCUGAGCCCCCGCCCGCUCCCCUGCUCCUCCCGGCUCCCUUUGUCGUUUUUUUAAGCCGUUCUUCCUGGCCAAUUCUCUAUUUAUAGGAGUGUAAAUAUAACCAGAGAUUGGUUAUAUAACCAGUAGUGUAACCUAGAGAAUUGGGAUGUUUCCCUUUCUUUGGUUUCUUUUUUUUUGGGGUUGUUUUAUUCCUUCCUGCAUAACUAAGAAUCUUUCCAAAGUCCUCCUCUCUCAGCUCGUCCUGCUGAGCAAAUAGCAGUUCUGCCUGGGGGAUAAAUCCAGGGCUGGACUCAAGAACAGGAAAAAGAAAAUAGAGUAGAACUAAGGAAAAAAUGUGUAUUUUUUUGGUGUAGGUAGGUAGGCUGAUAAAGUUUGUGCAUUCGACUGUAUCAUUGAAUUCUAUAUUUACUGACCUGAGUGCCAGCAGGCAUAAAAGAUUUGUGUAACUUUCCAAGAAACAAUCAGCAUUAGAAAAAUAUAAAUUUUGCCUUGACUGAAGACUCACUGAUUGGUAUCUCUCACUGCUGGAUAUCACUUCCAGCCAGGCUGGAAUGGGAAAUAACUAUCCUUCAAUGAGACCUCAGCAGGCUUGGACACCAGCAGGUUGUUGUUCCUCUAUGGCCACUUCCAAACUUAAAUUUCCAGUGUUAGACUGGAGACACUCUGGGGUGCUGGGCUGUAGGGAUGGCCCCAGCACCCAAAUUUCCUCUGCAGUCCUACAGACAGGAGGUCUGAAGCAUAAAUGGGAGAAUUUCAGUGCAGCAUCGAGUGGAAAACAACCUAAACCUUUCCCAUGGGAAACAUCAGUGCAGGAUUUAGCAGAAAUAAGUUAUUUCAGUGAAAGGCAAGAUCUCAAAAUGGAGUAAAGUGAUGUAGCUGAGAUUAUUGGUACAAGUCCACUGCAGCAAAGUAAUUGGUUUAUAUUACAUUUUGGCAAGAAAAUCAUGUUUUUGCUUUAGUGUAUGUGUGUAUAUAGACUUUAUUUUGAGGUUUUAAGUUUGAAAAUUUCAUUUGAUGCUUUGGCAUUUUGGCCUUAGCCAGCUGCGAGGGGAGAGCAUCACUGGUGGAAAAUAAAGGGCAGGGAAGGAAAAGGCUGUGAUCCUCUGUGUGAGCCCCAGCUUGUCACCUUGCAGGAGAAAGAGCUUAGUCCAAACUUUAUUUCUGUUCUUAUUAUUUUAAACCUUUCUGAAAAUUUCCUUUCUGAGAAAAAAAACCCACCUGGGGAUUCUUGAUACAUUUGAGCUUGUUUUGUCUUACUGUUAAUUAAAAGAAAUAGAAUAUA